CCUCGAAGAAUGCCCCCUAUAGGCACAGGAUUAAAAUACUCUCGGCUAAUUCAAGCUCCGUCGGCGUUUCUGUGUUCAAGUUGAAGUAUUUUUAACUAUGCUUUAAAUGGAUACUACACGUGUAUCUGAAUAUUAAAGUGGUGUCAAGCAAUGUACAAUAAAUCACAAUUCGUAUACUUCAAAACUAUUUUUGUCUGAUGACUACGUGUGCUUGUCACUAGGAUAUUUAUAGUACUAUAACCUAUAAUAUUCUUCUACUGUUCUACUGUUCAUAAAUUUAAGUAUAGGUUACUUUGGUGUAAACAAAAAUUUAAACACUCGUAUAUAAGAGAUGGCGGGAAUAGAACAAUUCGAUGAAUUCUUGGGUGGAUCGCAACGAUUGCCACAUGAAGUCCACAUUAUGAAACUUGUUUCUGCGAGAGCUAGCGAAAUUGCUGCAAUGACAUAUUCCAUAGAAAAUCCUCAACAAACGAAACUUGUAUUUCAAAAACUGCCGGUAUAUAUGCGCAGGCGUGUCAUGUCCCAUAAUGCUAAGCGUCUACCCCGCCGAUUACAGGAGGCACAUUUAAAUCAAAUGACUAAAUCCGGAUUGCCGCCAAAAAUAAAAAGACAGUCGCGUAGAUAUCGCAGACGAUCUCGUAAUUUACUCGUUGAAUAUAAACGAAGACAACGAAAUAAAAUUUGGUUGGAAACUCAUAUUUGGCAUGCAAAACGUUUUCAUAUGAUAGACAAAUGGGGCUACAGAAUCGCAAGUUAUGCAAAUGAUAAAUGUUUCAAGGCUAAUUAUCGUGCGGUGGCAAAAUACUGCUUGAUGCAAGAUAUUUCAUAUUAUACAUGUAUCGAAAUUAAUGGUCUUGAGAAAAUUUUGAAAGAAACUUUAAAGAGCCAUUGUAAUCCGCUCGAAUUAACAUUUGCUGCACAAAUUUUUAUAACAGGCACACGAGAAGGAACUGUAAUGUUUUUUAAAAAGAAUGGCUAUCCUCAAUUUCCAAUCGGUCACGUACAUUUUUUGUGGAGACCAAGUCAAUCUGAUCUAAGAACCAUAUGGAUUUGGGUACAUCCAUCUUUCCUCGAUGAUUUCCUCGCGGAAAUUAUAUCUAGUUUUGAAUUUCGCUUGACCGACGAACAUUCUACUUCUACGAGUGAUCAAAAUACGGAAUCUUGCUUAUACAUUAAUGAAAAGAAUUGUAAAAUGAAUAUUCAUAAAAAUACUUUUAAUCGAUUUCGUUUUUACGGACCAUUGACAACUAGCGUUUUAACAAAUGCUCUACAGUUGCCGAAAUUUGAUAAAAUACUUAAUUUGAAAUUGGAUGCCAUGCAAUUAGAUCAUAAUCAAAUGGAUUACGAGGAAGAUGAAAAUUCUGAUAAAUUAUGGCAUAUUGAGUAUUAUGAUAAUCAAGAAAAUAUUGAGUCUUUGAAAAUUCAAGAACAAUUAUGGCAAAUGUUAAAAACGUUACAAUCACCUAGUCAGUUGCCACCAAAUAUUGUUUUUGGCUUUACUGUCUUGGAUCCAAGAUUCCAUUUACCAGAUAAAAGAACUAGACCUCAAAGAGAAACACAGACAAUUGAAAUGGUGUCAGUACCUCCUACAAAUGCAAACUCUAGUCCACUUUGGGAACAGAAAAUAAGAGAGAAAGUCAGUAAGACAUGUGCAACAACAAGUGAAAUUAAUAAACUAAGAAGUCAAUGCUUAGUACCUGGUUUAGAUAAUGACAAAUAUUUUAAUGAAAAGAUCAUGGCAAAGAUACCAGUAUUGUUGAUUCAAAAACCUGGUAUCGGUAAAACAGGGUUAGGCUCUGGAGUAGAUGUUAUUCUUCCAUCUAAUUGGGGAAUGCCAUUCUGGCUUGCUUGUAUAUUUCGUUGUGUAAGAGUUGGUGCACUCAGAGAAUCAAAAUCUAUACUAUUUGAAUGUGAGAAUAUGCAAUCCCCAGAUAUUAAUGAUCCGGAUACACCUGCAUAUACAAGAGAAGCAUUAAAUACCAAAUUGGAGCUAAAAGAAAAGUAUUUUCAUUAUCCACCGAACAGGCGCGUGAACUUUGUUAAAUUCGGAAUCUCUAGUCCUUUUUUCUGUGAAUGGAAAAUCUUAAUGAGAGAAUGGACAGAUACAGAAGAUUUUUUUGUAUUAAGAAAUCGUAAAUUAUUAAAUUUCUUGCAAAAAAGCUUAGUUCAAGAAAGUAAUGCAAGAAGAUAUAAUACACCAAAUAAUCAUGUAUCAAGUCUUACUCUGCAAAGUGCAUUUGAAGACAGAAAUUGUUUAAUUCGCGUUAAAGUAGAUAUUAUGAAAAAAGGAUGUCCUAAAAGAUUUGCAAUAAUAUGUAUGCCAACUAAUGAAGAUAUAGAAAAGUUUAAGAACAAUAGAAGUUGGUCAGGUCCUGUGGAAAAAUUAAAUGUUGAUCCAAAUGAAAGUAUUCGUAAAAUAUCGCGAAAGAAUCAUUUGGCUCUUUUAAAACGGCUAAAGAGACGAAGAAUACAUCAUAAAAAGACAUUGACUAAUAAAUUAAGUGAAAUGUUAAAUAAAGAUUUUCAAAGAUUUAGUUAUGAAAAUAAAUUAAAGAAUUUGUUAGAAAUAAGUCGUGAAGCCAUAUGCAAACAAACUCAAAAAAUGUCGCAGUUGUAUCUUCCAGAUUGUGUUAAAGUACGAAAUUCUUGUGAUAGAGAGAUUAUGGGUUAUAUUACAACGGGUGAUUUCUGUUUUACAAAAGCAAAAGGUAUAGGUUUAGGAUAUGCAACAUUAAAUUCAUUAAUUGAACUGAUCAAUAAAAAACAUCCCUUUGUUCUUGUUAGAAAUAUUCAGACAAGACAAUAUAGAAUUGCUAGAUUACAAGUAGUAAUUUAACAGU